CUUCCACCAUCAGUCACUGUCUUGACUUACCUCAGCACUGCGGUGUGUUUUGUACAUACGGAUCGGUUGGACUCGCCCACUCCUUGAGGGUGCUUGCGCCAGCAAAUAUGCGGUUACGCUUGCUCUGGAUCGUCUUGCUGGCUGUCACUCGUACAGCUUUGGCUGAUGACGAGGGAUAUAAUUACCCUAGACCGACAAACCAACUUAUACCAGGUACUUCAGGAGGAGAAACUGGCAAACCAGGAGGAUUUCCAACUGCUCCGGGAGGAUAUCCUUCUGGUGGUCCAGGAGAACGAGGAACUCCUGGUGGACAACCUGGAAGACCAGGUGGUUAUCCAUCGGGACCACCGGGAUUUCCAGGACGCCCAGGCGGUGCUCAACCAGGGAGACAACAGCCUAGCUUUCCAUCAGGUCCAGGACCUUCGGAGGGAUAUCCUAGUGGACGACCAUCGAUUCCAUUUCCGAGUGGUGAAUCAACAGGAAGGCCAGGAACGAGUCCCGGUAUACCGAGUGGACCAAGUGGACCAGAAGGGUUUCCAACAGGGCCAAGUGGUGGAUAUCCUAGUGGCAGACCUGGUGCGCAAGGACCAGGUGGAUUUCCAAGUGGGCAAAGACCUUCCGGAUACCCGAGUGGUGGGCCCGGCCAGGGAAAACCAGGUCCUGGAUAUCCCACUGAUCGACCGGGUGGACAAGGACCAAGUGGAAGAUAUCCUAGCGGUCAAGCUCCUGGAGGUUAUCCCGGUGAAGCACAGAAGCCUAGUGGCCCGGAAAGUGGAUAUCCUAGUGGAGAGCCAGGAGCUGGCUACCCUGGAGGUACUCAAAGACCACCUAGUGGUCCUGGUCCACAAGGUGGACCCUCUACCAGCGGCUAUCCUAGUGGUAGACCAGGAGCACAAAGACCAGGAGGUUAUCCAGGCGGUCCAGGUCCGCAAGGACCAGGAGGAUUUCCGGGUGGACCAGGCCCGCAAGGACCAGGAGGAUUUCCAGGUGGGCCAGGUCCGCAAGGACCAGGAGGAUUCCCAGGCGGACCAGGUCCGCAAGGACCAGGAGGAUUCCCAGGUGAACCAGGCUUGCAAGGACCAGGCCCACAAAGACCAGGAGGAUUCCCAAGUGGGCCAGGCCCGCAAGCACCAGGCCCGCAAGGACCAGGAGAAUUUCCAGGUGGGCCAGGCCCGCAAAGACCAGGAGGAUUCCCAGGCGGACCAGGUCCGCAAGCACCAGGAGGAUUUCCAGGUGGACCAGGCCCGCAAGCACCAGGCCCGCAAGGACCAGGAGGAUUCCCAGGUAGACCAGGCCCGCAAGCACCAGGCCCGCAAGGACCAGGAGGAUUCCCAGGUGGACCAGGCCCACAAGCACCAGGAUUCCCGGGAACUGGUCAUCCAGUAGGUCCUGGCGGACCUGCCGAAUAUACACAUGAAGAUGAGGGAACAUACGACGAAGGUGAUUAUUCAGCUAUUCCGGGCGAACCUGGUCGCGAUUAUCCUAUAUAUAGUGAAAUUCCGGAGACCAGUUUCCGUUGCGAUGCCCAACAAUUCCCUGGUUACUAUGCCGACGUGGAAGCCCAGUGCCAAGUUUUUCACAUAUGUGCCAACAAUAAGACCUACGAUUUCCUUUGUCCAAACGGAACAAUUUUCCAUCAACAAUUUUUCGUUUGUGUAUGGUGGAAUCAAUUUGAAUGUAACUCCGCGCCAAGCCUUUACUAUUUAAAUGAAAAUAUCUAUGACUACACUAUAAUGGGAGCACAAGGUCAAGGACCUGCAGGACCUUCUAGGCCUAGUACUUAUCCAGGAGGUCCAGGUGCUCCUAGUGGCCCAGGUGGUCCAAGUUAUCCAGGAGGUCCAGGCGCUCCUAGUGGUCCCAUUUAUCCAAGAGGCCCAGGCGCUCCUACUGGUCCAAGUUAUCCAGGAGGUCCAGGCGCUCCUAGUGGUCCCAGUUAUCCAGGAGGUCCAGGCGCUCCUAGUGGUCCGAGUUAUCCGGGAGGUCCAGGAGCUCCUAGUGGUCCCAGUUAUCCAGGAGGUCCAGGCGCUCCUACUGGUCCAAGUUAUCCAGGAGGUCCACAACGUCCCAGCGGUCCAGGUUAUCCAGCAGAGGGACCUCAAGGUCCAUCGGGACCUCAAGGUCCAUCGGGACCUCAAGGUCCAUCGGGACUUCAAGGUCCAUCGGGACCUCAAGGUCCGUCAAGGCCUGGCGGUCCAGGUUAUCCAGGAAGACCGGGAGCUCCGUCCGGUCCGGGAUCGCAAGGUCCAUCGGGACGACCAAGUUCUGGAUAUUUAGGUCCGCCAUCAGGACCAUCAGGUCCUCAAGGACCUCAAGGGCCAAGUGGACCAGGAUAUCCUGGAAGACCUCAAGGACCUACUGGACCAACGUCGAGACCUCAAGGACCUAGUGGUCCGGGAUAUCCAGAACCAAGUGGACCAUCUCCAGGAUAUCCAGGACAACCUCAAGGACCCACUGGUCCACAAGGUCCAAGCUUCCCGGGUGCACCAGGUCGUCAGCAAGGACCUGGUAGUAGUCUAAAUGGAUAUCCCAGCGGUAGACCAAGUGGUCCAGCAUUCCCAAGUGGGCCUUCCGGGCCAGGAGGUAUCCCUGGAAAACCCGAGACAGGUUCGCCGUUUCCACCGCAAGGACCAGCAAAGCCUGAUCGUGAGUACUUGCCGCCGCGGAUUGGAUAAAUAUGAAGCUAAACUUAACGGCACCUAACGACAACUUUCAUCGUUAAUGCCGGAUGACAUGUAAAUACGAGCCUCUAUACUUGCGUAUAUGUAAUAAGUGAUCGAUUUUUUAUUCGUAUUGCAUUUACACUUUUACAUAUAAAAAAUUUAAUUAUUCUGCUUAACUGUUUACUCAUCCUUUCUGGGAUU